AUGGUGGAUAAUUACACUUUUUAUGCCAAUGAAUCAUUGGCGGACAAAGAAAAGCGUGUUGAUGGUCAUAGUGCAUUAGGAAAAAAAUAUCCAAGUUUGAGUACGAAUCAGGUUAUACAAAUUUUAUUAUUACGUGAAGAUUUAACGAAACAAGAAGCAACAGAUACAGAUGAUACAGCUGUAGCAUAUAUGCCACGUGUUAAUCAAGGUAUUCUAUUUGAAAUUAUGGAAAUUGUUAAUCAACCAAAUUAA